UACACGAGCACCUCAAGUCCCAUACUGGAUCUGCCGGACUCCACCUGUCGCGAGCGCUGUGCUUUUUGUGAUUGUGUGUGAGCGUGUCCGUGUCGUAAGCCAAUGAGAACAGCGCGCUCUGACACAGGACGGCACGAGACACAAACACAGGCGCGAGACCUGGCUGCUUUCUGAACCGAGUGUCGGAGGAAAACGGAAAAUUAGCAGGCGGUUGGAAACGCCGCUUCGGCUCUCGUCGCCCGCUUUAUGUUUUGAAUAAUUUCUUUCUGUUACCGGAGGAGCCAGGAGGAAACACCGACCGUAAUUCCGGUGGAUGGUUUUAUCCGCAGUGCCUCAGCCAACCAGCCAACCGGGGAGCAGAAUGUCAAGGCAGCAGCAGCACCGGACGCCGUUAAAACUCACCGACAGCGUGGUGGAGGUCAAGAGCAAAUUUGAGGCAGAAUACCGUCGCUUCGCUCUAAAGAGGAAUGGCCCGGGUGGCUUCCAGGAGUUCUACCUCCUCCUCCAAACCAUCCAUCGCAUCCCUGGUGUCGAUGUGCUGCUGGGAUACGCCGACGUCCACGGAGACCUCCUUCCGAUCAACAACGACGACAACUUCCACAAAGCUGUGUCAUCAGCCAAUCCUCUGCUCCGCAUUAUCAUAACCAAGAAAGAGGAUGAACCAGUGGUCUUUGCCACCAACUCCCUCCAGAGACGUAAAAAGGGGCUGGGCUUAACCGGACUGCGCACCACCGGCUCAGGCUCCACCCACUCAAAGAACAAACCGGGCCUUAUGAUCGGCAUGCCGCAGAACUUCAGACAGAUCUCAUCCAUUAUUGAUGUGGACAUCCUACCCGAGACGCACCGACGUGUACGACUCCACAAGCACGGUACCCACAAACCACUGGGCUUCUACAUCCGAGAUGGGGUUAGCGUGCGGGUGACACCACAGGGUGUGGAGAAGGUUCCGGGGGUGUUCAUAUCUCGUCUGGUACGUGGUGGGCUGGCAGAAAGCACAGGGCUGCUGGGCGUUAAUGACGAGAUCCUCGAGGUCAACGGCAUCGAUGUAGCAGGAAAAUCUUUGGAUCAGGUUACAGACAUGAUGGUGGCCAACAGUCACAACCUCAUCGUGACCGUCAAGCCAGCCAACCAGAGGAACAAUGUGGUGCAUCGUGGGAGUAAAACCUCAAUGGGUAACUCUGGUUCUGUGGGCUCAGCUGGAUCCACCGGCUCCGCUCUGUCACAUGACUCACCAAGCCCCGCCUCUCAGAGCAACCCCAUUACUGCAAGCAAUAGCAUUGCAGAGGGGGACAGUGAUGAUGAAGAUGAUGAUGGCGACCUCAUUCUGGAGAAUGACUGCCUGACACCCUUCAGCUCCCAACGGGUUACCAACAGCAACAACACUAACCUUAACAGAGACUCACCUGGCAACAGGCCGCACAACUCCACUGUGGUCAGGCCCCUCCCACAGAGCAUCUCAUUGCCCAAUAGCGUUGGAGCAACCCUAAAUGACAGCUCCAUGAUGAUGUCCAAUCACAAUGGAAACCCCGCCCACACAUCAAGUAGCAGUCAGGAGAGCAUGAGAGAGGACGGAAACAUAAUAACACUGUAACCAUGGCAACACUGACAGCUACACUGUAACAGUGAGGACUGUGGAAUGUUACAACCACAGAGUGCUGUUACCAUGACAACUACAGGCCGCGCUCCUGUCGGCCAGAUAACAGACUCGGCAGCACCUUUUGCUUUAAAGGUUCUCCCUGUUGAUUCCCCGAGCGCUUCUCUGAGUUUUUCACAGCUGUGGAACACCGACGGUACCGCAGCGACACAGGACACAGGGUUCUGCUCGCUUCUUUCCCCUUGGAUCAUGGAUUUUCACAAUCUAUGGGCGUAACAACACUGACUUUUUAUAUGUCUGCAGCAUAUGGUACUGGGUUGGUACUGGAAUGUAUAGAGCUGAUUUGUCAGGCUCUGUACGGAAAAGAUAAUUUAUAUUCGGAUUAGGGAAUGACUUAAAUGGCCCAAUGUAUUAUCUGAUCAAAGUGGUCUGAUAGAGAGCAACACGACUGAGAGGUAAUCGCAAAUGCUCCUGUAAAAGCCAUAGUUUGAUGUCAAUAUAUUUAAGAUUUCUUCUCUCUUCCAAAAUUGCUUAUGAAGUAGUACAAACCCUGCACCAAUCAGAAACAUCGCUGUUAACAGCAGAAUAUCUGACUCAUUGACUACAUCAAGACAAUGAAAAGCAAUAUCAUGAAAAACAUUAAUGGUUCUAUUUUCCUGCCAGCACAACAGCCAGCACAUGCGGCGGCCAGUUUGGUAUUUUCCUGACUUUUAAACAGUCUUUGCCUGUCUGUGUGGUGUUUCGGUGUCCAGCACAGAGCGCACGGUGCACAGGUGGGAGGAUUAUUCAUAUGAGGUGGCACAAAGUGACAUGUUGGUAUUUUUCAGUGGAAAUUGGUCCUUCGACUCUUUGCUGAGAAUAAACAUCUCAGAACCACAUCUGUUAGUAGAGCAUGAUCACUCUGCUGGCAGUCUGGUGAAUUUAGCAGUAAGAGCAAACUAAACUUACCUAACUACUUGGAGCCAUGUGCAGCAGAAAAGGAAUAAUCUUAAAAAGUAAACUGUUUUAACAAGCUACUACUUGCUUUUCAACCAGUAGAUGUAUUUAGAUCAACAUGUAACAUCAAAGCAGGAUUGUUGGUAAAUCAGUCUGCAUUUAUCUAUGAAUGAAUCUGUGUGAAAACCUUCCACUAAAGGCCAUUAAAUCCCUGCAGCCAUGUGAAAGCAGUGGGACUCAUAUCUAUUUUGAGGGAUGUGAUUGGCUGAUAGCUUAUUUAUUAUUCUCACCCUGUGAUCUUUAUUCACCUUCACCCAGCCUGUUUUCACGUUGUUCUGCUGCACAAUGAUACAACCAAAAGAUGCCCACACAGUCUGUGCGCCCAAGACUUGCCACUUCACACUGGUUGUUGAGCUCGCAACGCUGAAAUUGUGCCCUAAUUAGGUUGGAAAUCAAAAAACACAAAAAGACCCACAAAUUACCAAUCUAAGAAGCAAAGACAUCGGUUCCCCUGCCCUCCUCAGCCAUGCAAACUCUAAUCACACGUAGAUACAUACACAUGCAUUUGGACACACACACACACUACUAACCAUCAGGAAGUAGGGGUCAAAAUAAGGAAAUUCCUGUCAUGUUUGAAUAGUGCAGUGUGGCACAGUGUUUUUAUCCUCUUAUCGGGGUCAUAUAAACCUGUGUGUGUGCGUGCGUGUGUGUGUGUGUGUGUGUCUUGUUGCUGGAGCUCUGGGGGUAUUGCCUUACAGUCAGAAAUGUUGGCUGGCUUCGCAGUCGCACACUGCACUCUUUCUUUACUGUCCUCCCCCGUCUCACGUUCUGCUUCACAUUACACCAAAAUAUUUUUGGUCUGACUGUCAAACAGAAUCAAUAUCACAACAAUGUUUACAAAAUAAGAUCAGCUAUAUGAUGUGCACCAAGUGAUAGUAAAUCCUGUCUGUCAGCUUGGCCUCGGUUAAUGCCAGCCUGCCCCAACUACAGUUACUCUGUAUGCCAUAAUAUAAUUAUUCACCAGAAAUAAAAAUCAUGAUAUCCUAACAGAAGUAUUAUCCAGAGCUCCACAGUCUGCUGUGUUUAGUGUCUUCUGACAGUGUAGAUGCUCUUUCAGUGCCAUCUUAGACUAAUCCUGUUCAGAGGUUCUUGUGCUUGUGGAAAGGUAGAAGAAAACCAUUUUUCAGUUCUCAGAGUGAGCCAGUACUCACUGAUACGCAGCACCAGUGCUUCUACAUUUUACUCGUUGGUGAACCGUGACUUUGUGCCCUGUGCACUGGCACUUCUCACAAGCUGCCGGUUCUCUUACCUGCCAACGCCAUAUCAGGUUGUCUGGGCGAUUCGUAAUGGCCCAGAGGAAACUGCAUUACCCAGGGGUCACUCUGUGUAGCUCAUCUGUUCCUGUUCUCGCCUGCUUUUAUCUGUCAGUGGACAGUCUUAGCGCCGUUUCAUGAACCUUACAGUAAUGGUAGCCUGGCUCCGAAAGGCUGCAAAGAGGACAUGAAGAGUCAGACAAUGACACAACAGAGUCUUGGAGGUCAAAAUCUGACCCAACCAGUACUUAAUGCAUAACGUUAGAGUCACUCCUGGCAGCAAAGAGCCUGACGAUGUGGCGUUAGCAUCGGCAAAAACGCCUGCUGUGGCCGACACUGCGACAUUAGCAAGAAGAGAAAGUAUCCAGGGAUUUCACCAAGAAAACAAGGAACGAAGUUCAUCCCAGCCUGAUGACUUCACCGCACACUAAAGCCAGAGUACAUAGUCAAUUAUUUUUUAUUCUAAUAAUUGAAAUGUUGGACCCCUGGGUUGAAUCAUUUAAGUUGUGAACAUCAGCAGUAUCUCCUGUUAUCUUUAGCUCCCUGUAGAAACUGAGAAUGUAACACUUCAUGAUUUGCUGAUGCCGGCUGAUGCACGCACCGACGUGUGAAUACAGGGAGCACUGGUGCCACUUCUUUCCACUUCAAGCACUGCCUAUUUGUAUCCUGAACACAAGUCAAGCAGCUGUUAUGGUAAAUAGCUUUCAUUUUAAAGUAGCAUCCUACCUUUUAGGGACAUACUAAUUUACCAGUGAUUGAUCGACCAAUCGGGGCUUCCUGGGUGCGAUUUCAUCAUCGUCCUGCGUAGCUAGCUUUGUAGGACGACGUUUAUGAAAUAUACUGCAGGAAAAAAUGGUGACAAGCAUUGUGGAAAUGGACGCAGCUGUAUGGGUUGCAGGUCAACUUAAAGAAAUUGUCUCUUCAAACAACGUUCUUGACUGUCUCUGAGGUUGUGAGGAAGUGAAGCAUUGCCACAACCUUCUCAGUCUGCCCCUGACAGAUGAAACACUUUGUCUGAUAGCCCUUUCUCACCCCUGCUGGACCAGUUCAUCUGAAACAGCAGUCACAGUUUAAUUCCUGGUCAACACCCAUUCAUAAAUUUCAUAUAUACUCAUUAUACAAAGAAUAAAACGACACAGAAUUACAUAGAAUAAUGACCUGAUUAGAGGUUUGGAUGGGCGUGGUGUUUCCCUGUAGCAGACCCAUUAUUCCAGUCAGAUCCCAGUACUAUGUGUACAGUACAGCCUGAUGUAACUGCCUCCUGCUCCUACAAAUUACAAUUAAAAUGUAGACUGAGCUUUUCCUGGGAGGCAGAGCUGCCAGGGAGGCAGCAGAUGUAGCAUCUCCAGUCAAACCCUGAGCUUGGAAACGAAACCCUCAGCGCUAAACCGAGAUGAAUCCACGUUGAACGCCAGGUGAUGCACACGGUCUGAACAUGCCGCUUAUUGAAAUGCAACCCUCAAACAGCUGGAUGGGUUUUUAAGGAGAGCACGAGGAGCGCUUGAUUUAUUUACAGGAAACAGUAAUCAAGUGCACCAGACCUGAAUAUAUAUUGUCCCAAGUUUGAUGUCAGCAUGUGCUUAAUGCACACACACACACACACACACACACAAACACAAUGAGAUUUUUUUUAUUUUAAUGUGUGUUACUGUAGAUUAUGAAUCAAAUGAGAUUUUCAGUACGCGGGAGAAGUUUUUAUGUAAGAGAAAAUUUUAUAAUAUGUGUAAAAUAUGGAGAGUAUUUUUCUUAUUGUACUUUUAAAUUGUAUAUGAGAGGUGACGGGCGACGAGAUGAACGGCGCGUGUGGCAGGUCGUUGCUGAAUGUGUUCACGCGCACACGGUGUUCCGCUAGUGUGUUGUUUCAGUAGCUUGAUCAAAGAUGAAGGAUGUCUUUUUCAGAGACAGGUAUUUCCAAAGUAAAGAUUAAACUUAAACUCCGCUUUAGUUUGUAAUGAAGGCAUGCCUAAAUGUUCCAUGACAAUGGUGGAAAUCCUGGAAUGUUCCCCAAAACGAAGGAGCAUCGGUGUGCAGGUCAGCACAGUCAUUCCAAGGUUCACGUGUUCGGUGCUUGUCAUGGCUCAAAACUUUAUCCAUAAUUGUAUAGAUUAUUUAUCCUCGCUGUUAUAUGACUGGCACUUUGUGUCGCUGCCAACGAGCACAGGGUUUGAAGUGAUGGAGACAAACACUGAGCUGCUGAUGGUCAGAACCUCAACGAGAAUCAACAGAAGAGUGCAACAGAAUGAAAGAAACAGUCCGAUAUUCUUACCCAGAGUCAGAUUAAAAGAUCAGUGUGUCGCUGUGUGGCAAGCGCACAGAUCCAGGGCAUGCUUAUCCCAGCUUAGCACAAAGAACACAACAGGAGGAAACUGCUAGCCUAGCAACUCCUGAACUGUUGUAUUUAUGCAUAUUUGGUUAUUGAAUAAAAUCAGGAUGGAAAAAUAACAAGAAAUGCUGUGAUGUGAUUGGGAGCUGAUAGUGGACAAUAAUUCUGAUAUUUGUACUAAAUAAAGUUUCAGUUUGAUUUCUGUCAUAGUCACACAGUGUAGAGCUGUUUUGAAAGCAGCCUAAUAAUUAAUCUCGUGUUAAAUAUCAUUGCAUCAAGCAUUGUUAUUUACAUUGUGUACGGCCCAAAUCAGACAUCUAUGAGCUCUUGGAAGGUGUAUUUUCUCUAUCUUUGAUGAUACUAGUUACCAGGUUCCCCCUGCUGUCAGUGUCUCUGCUGGACUAGGCUUAACACAUCCUGGGCCUGACUCUGUCCUGGACGAGCAGAGAUGAACCCGAAGCUGAUCUCCUCAUGCGAUUCUGGAUAAGAGCGCAAACAAGCGUGCAUCCCAAAACAUCAGAGCGGGCCUUGAGCUCAUGUAAUUGUGAUGACGUACAUGACGGCAAACACAAACCCUCCAAACCACACCGCUGAUGUCCGACUAUGAAGAGCCAAUCAGUGCUCGUGAUGAUCAUGUUGCCAAGCCCCUCAGUGUCACAUCACUGUUUAGCUCUGUAUGCAGCCCAUUUCCAUGACAACAGCAGGUCAGCCUGCAGGCGGUUAAGAGAGGAUGUCAUGGGCUGACCGCACAAGCUUUUAGAAAACAAAGGAAGUGCCUUUUCGGGUGAGGAUGCCUGCGUUUGGUUGGAUGCUGCCUCCCGUGUGACGGACAGCUGAGGCACCUCGGUGCAGCAGGUGGCGUCAGGUGAUGGAGGACGGCAGGACUCACCUGCCUGAUAAAAGAGCCUGCUGAAGGCGAGCUGCACUGAGCACACAGCUGGUUCCUGCAGUAUAAGAGUCUUUAACUAAACUGUGAAUGUCAUGUGGAGAUGAAAUAAGAUGAUUAUCAGAAAUAAAGUAUUAUUUAAAGGCAUAAAGCUUUGUUUGUAAUAGUACACUUUUUGUUUUAACUAAUGCAACAUCCUCCUCUUUGUUUCUUUCCUUCCUUCUGUUUCACCCAGUCUCAUUUUGUUCUUGCCAUCCUUCCUCACUUUUUCACUUUUCUCUCGUUCGCCGUUAUUUCUCUCCCUUCUUUCUCCCCUCGUUCUUCCCUUCUCACUUCAUUUUCUUCCCUCUCCCUCUCCGUGGACCUUUUACCUUCCCUUCUU